AUGGCACCUCUCUCUAGACGGAUCGACGUCCACUCCCACUUCCUCCCACCAUUCUACCGCAAAGCUCUCGCAGAGAACGGCCACUUGCAUCCGGAUGGCAUGCCCGCGAUUCCAGAAUGGUCCCUAGAACGCCAUCUCGACAUGAUGUCUACCGCUAACGUCUCCAAGUCAAUGCUCUCAGUCUCAUCACCUGGAACGCAUAUCACACCUGGAAACGAUACCCUAGGCAGGUAUUUGACACGGCAGUGUAACGCCUACGCUGCAGAGCUAAAAAGGGAAUACCCCGAGAAAUUCGGCUUCUGGGCUGCGCUCCCGUUACCGGAUGUUGAUGCAGCGCUGGAGGAGAUUGAGACGGCGAUUGGAGAGGGAGCAGAUGGGUUCGGAUUAAUGACAAAUUAUCACGGGAAUUAUCUCGGCUCGCCCGCUCUGGAUGGUGUAUUCGACAAGUUGAACGAGGUUGGCGCGACGAUCUUCAUUCACCCAACAAAGCCCUGCAUAAAGCACGGCAACGAGACUUCCUCUGCUCAAACAACAGAUGCUUUACCUUUCGGCUCGCAAUACCCUAUUCCUAUCUUCGAGUUCUUCUUCGACACCGCGCGCGCGGUAAUCAAUCUCUUUAGCUCGGGGACGGUAGACCGCUGUCCGAAUAUCAAGUUCAUCAUCCCACACUCUGGUGGCGCCUUACCACCAAUGAUGACACGCUUCAUCCAGUUUUCAAGUGUCGUUCCAGGGGGUAGAGUCUUGGACGCGGAGACAGUGCGGAAACAGCUUGAUGAGCAGUUCUACUUCGACUUGGCUGGGUUCGUGUUCGAUGGCGAGAGCGGUGGAAAUGGGCAACUGAAAGCGUUCGUCGAGGGAUUCGAGAUAAGUUAUGAGAGGUUGUUGUACGGAAGUGAUUUUCCGUUUACGCAAACGCAAUUCGUGAAGAUAUUUGCAGAUCGAAUGAAGGACGGACUAGAGCACUUGUUUAGUGAGAAGGAGAGGGGGGCAAUAUAUGAAGGGAAUGCAGUGAAGCUGUUAAACGAGAGAAGAGGCGAAGCUAAGAUAGCAAUCUAA